GCUAUCUCCACGUCUUAAGUCUCCUCAACUAUACAACCUCGCACGUUGCGCGCUGUACACAUUCCGAAUUUCCAAGAUGCCGACUAUGUGGCUUUCAGAUACCCAGAAGAUAGGGGUCGCUUUCUGCUCAGGGGGCGGACUCUUUCUGAUGGGAGGUGUCAUGAUGUUUUUUGACCGCGCAAUGCUCGCAAUGGGAAACAUAUUAUUUCUAAUUGGCCUCACACUCAUCAUCGGAACAACCAAAACCGUCGCGUUCUUUGCUCGCAAGCAGAAAUGGAAAGGCACGGUGGCUUUUGUCGCUGGUAUAUCGCUUAUUCUGAUGCGAUGGGCUUUCAUCGGCUUCAUAAUUGAGCUAUACGGCAUACUCGUUCUGUUUGGGGAUUUCCUGAUGACAAUCGCGGGUUUCGUCAGUAACGUACCGGUGAUUGGACCGUAUAUUGCUAGGGCACUGGAGGCGAUAAGUGGUGCGAGACGGAAUGCCGAUCUGCCUGUUUGAGAUGGCAUGGACAGCAUCGACGUUACGAUAUGACGAAGUAUGGAUGGAGACUUUAGGACCUUGUAUGAUACACAGACGCACGAAGAACGGAAAGGCAUUGCUUAACGCUGGGUCGGUCGUGACAAGCAGGAUAACAGAUAAGGAUUAGCAUUCGUAUUCACGGCUAACAGAUAUUGCUUUGGAUUGCUAUCCAUUCCAGUCAAAAAGAAGCAUUACAAUCUCAACGUAAACUGUAAAAACGUAUUC